AUGGAUGAACAAGAAUAUCGCGUAGCAUUUGAUAUUGAAGCUCCUGCAUUUGGAAUCAAUAUCGGUACCUCUCAAUGUACCGUGGCAGUUUGGAAUGGCUCUCAGGUAGAGAUCCUCAGAAACAACCCCCCGGCUAAUGUGUACAAGAUGUUUUCCAUUUUCAACAUGAAACGUCUAAUUGGUAGACACGACAUGGACCCUGCUGUUCAUGCGGGCAUAAACCUUCCAUUUCCAGUACAGAACUUAAAAAUUGGUGCAAGACUAUUGUUUGCUGCAUUAGUGAAUAAGAUGUGGAAGUUUAUUAAUAUUGAAGAAGGUCUUGAAAUAUUAAUUGGUGAAUUAAAAGUCAUGGCUGAAACUCAGCUCCAGCAUCCAAUAGAAAAAGUAGUCUUGACAGUCCCGGUAUCAUUUAACCGACUCCAAUUGAGAAUAAUUACGAAGGCUUGUCAUGCGCUUGGCCUUAGUGUUCUAAGCUUGAUUCCUGAACCGACUGCUGUUGCAAUGUUAUAUGCACAGCAGCAGAAGCAGAAGCAGAAUGCGCACAAGAACAUGGGCAGCGGCAGUGAAAAGAUUGCACUUAUUUUCAAUAUGGGUGCUGGAUUUUGUGAUGUAGCUGUCGUGACCGUAACAGGAGGAGUUUGCCGGACACGGGGCUUGGCCGGAGGUACCUUAGGAGGGGAAGACAUACUCCAAAAUACAAUGCGUCACCUCUUACCCGAUAUGAAUAGAUACUUCUCGAGACACAGUAUUAACGAAAUACGGAAAAUGCGAAUUUCCACCCAGGAUGCCAUCCACAAGCUUUCAAUCGAACCUAGUGCUGAAAUUGAUGUUAACUUUGAAAAUGGAAGUAAAAUAUUCAAGGUCCUCAAUAGAAAGGAAUUCGAGGAAGUCAACCAGAACGUGUUUGAAAAAUGCGCUAGUCUGAUUAACCAGUGUUUACAUGAUGCAGAGAUAGAAGCUGACAAAGUAGAUGACAUAAUUCUUGUUGGUGGUUGCUCAAAUAUCCCGAAGAUACAGAAAAUGGUUAUUGAUAUAUUUAGAAAAGAACUUUACUUGGGAAUGAACCCACUUGAGGCUGCAGUGUGCGGGGCAGCACUUGAAGGUGCAGUGACUUCUGGUGUACAAAAUCCUUCAGGGAUUUUGGACUUGUCAUGGACUAAAAAAACUCCAAUGAGUUUUGGUAUUCGAGCAGACGGAAACAACUUCAUUCCUAUUAUGCCCAAAAAUACUGAAUUACCUGCAAGUGAAGACUUGUUGUUCACAACAUUGCAUGAUAAUCAAACAGAGGCAUUAAUAUUCGUCUACGAGGGUAAUGAGACAUCAGUUGAAAAGAACCAUCUCUUAGGAUAUUUCAAGUACACGGGAAUACCUCAGGCUCCAAAGGGUGAUCAGGUUAUUAAAGUGUGCAUAACCAAUUUUGGUCUGUAUCAUCUGCAAGUUAUUACUGCAAGGGUGAUCUGUAACGAUAAGCUUACUGCUCCUACGGUAGCGCGGAUGCCAAAUGUUGAUGAAAGGGGUGUUUUGUUAGCUGAGUCGCUGUACAGAACUUACGGUUCUACUUUAGAUUUAGCCACUGUGCGAAAGACAGAACAGCACUGA